UUGAUGUUGGUAGCUCACGUUCUCGCUGUGAAAAACACCGCCGCAUCCAGUUUUCCCAUCGUAUUACUAUUUCGUGAAAACCACCCCCAGAGAAAGUGUACACGAAAUCGCUACGAUGGCGCUCCGACUGUUCCGCAUGAGCCAGGAUGUGGUUACGCCACUGAUCAAACGUAACUGCACCGUGUCAGCGUUUGAGCUCCAGCACAAGAACCCCGUCCAGCGGAAGGUGGAGCAGAUCCCGAAAGCGCAGUAUGGCGGGCGGCACACGGUGACGAUGCUGCCGGGCGGCGGUAUCGGCCCGGAGCUGAUGAGCUACGUGCGGGAGGUGUUCCGGUUUGCCGGCGUGCCGGUGGACUUUGAGAUCGUGGACAUCGAUCCGGCCAGCGAGGGCAACGACGAUCUCGAGUACGCCAUCACCUCCAUCAAGCGUAACGGCGUGGCGAUCAAGGGCAACAUCGAGACCAAGUCGGAGGCGACCGGCAUUCUGUCGCGUAACGUCGCCCUGCGCAACGAGCUCGAUCUGUUCGUGAACGUGCUGCACUGCAAAUCGUUCAACGCGAUCCCGGCCCACCACCAGAACGUGGACGUGGUGAUCGUGCGGCAGAACACCGAGGGCGAGUACGCGAUGCUGGAGCACGAGAGUGUGCGGGGCGUGGUGGAAAGCAUGAAGGUGGUCACGAUCGAGAAUGCGGCCCGCGUGGCCCGGUUUGCGUUCGAGUUCGCGAAGAACAACAACCGCAAGAAGGUGACCACCAUCCACAAGGCGAACAUUAUGAAGCUGGCCGACGGGCUGUUCCUGAAGGUGGCGCGCGACAUCGCGAAGGAGUAUCCGGACAUCCAGCACAACGAUAUGAUUAUCGACAACUGCUGCAUGCAGCUCGUGUCGAACCCGCACCAGUUUGACGUGAUGAACACCACCAACCUGUACGGCAGCAUUACGUCGAACGUGCUGUGCGGGCUGGUCGGUGGUGCCGGCCUGUUUUCUGGCCGUAACUAUGGCGACCACUACGCCGUGUUUGAGCCGGGCACUCGUAACACCGGCACGGCAAUUGCCGGCAAGAACGUUGCCAAUCCGGUCGCCAUGCUGAACGCGGCGGUGGACAUGCUGUACCAUCUGGGGCACCGCUACCAUGCCGACUGUAUCUCGGAUGCGCUGCACAAAACGAUCGACAUCGAUGGAAUCCACACGCCCGAUCUUGGCGGUAACAACACGAGCACCGACAUUGUCCAGAACGUUCUGAAGCAUCUGGCCGAGAAGAGAACGUACUGGUUCCCGGCGUAUGCGUAUAUCUGAGAAGUUAGGCUAGAACCGAAAACAAAAACACCCCAAACACCCCUAAACCAAAGCCAAAAUAGUUCCUUUCCAAGCGUAAAUCCUUAAACGUUCAUCCCGUUUUUAACUGCUUAACUGUUAUUUCCGAUCCCGAUUCCCGUUCACUUUCCCUUUUCGGUCUGUAACAUCUGACUCACACACAUGCCAACAGCUCCUAAUCUCCCCCCGCAACUUGGUGUGUUGUUUUGUUGUGAGGGGGCAUUCUCUCGGUGGAUGGGCCAUUCCUUUCUUUCCCCUUUGCGAGACGAGGAAACACACCUUCAAAAUCAUGCAACAAACACAACACAAAACAAUACAAAACCCUACCCCAUCAGGAAGCAUAAUGCUGUGAAGCUAGACGAUCAAACCGUGCGCGGUGUGUGCGUAGGUGAGGAAGCAGAGCGUUUGUGAAUGUUUUGGACCAGUUGGCAAAAUUAGGUAAAAAAGUUAAGGCAAUCGGCAAACGAAUAUGGAAACCAUAAUAUAAAAGCUCAAAAUUUGGCGUAAAACAAA